AUGCGCUUAUUCAAGAUAGAGACCAUGGCCUUGGCCAUAUCAGCCGCUUCCGCCAUUCCAGUCAACAUUAACACAGGUCCUGAAAGUAUGUCCUCUGUCGAUGUUGUGACGGUGGUGGAGACAGUGAUGGAAGUGGUACACGAGGCACCGACGAACUCUCCGGCUGAGCCCACACCCUCUGACGAUGUUGUGACGGUGGUGGAGACGGUUACUGUGGUUCCCGAGGCACCGGAAAGCUCUUUGGCUGAGCCUACACCUUCCGUCCAUGUCGUGACGGUGGUGGAGACAGUGAUGGAAGGAAUGACCGAGGCACAACCGACGAGCAUCCCAUUUUCACGGCCUGUCGCUACCAUCGUAAAGUCCGACUCCGAGUCGCCCGAUCCCUUCCGGUUCCUCGCUUUCUUCCAGGCAGUCCACGAAGUGCGUCGGCUCCCGAAAGAAUUAAGAGCUAGGCUUCAGGCAUCGGGCAAUCAGCGCGUGGAAACGUACCCGGUCCCUGCGGGCGCCAUGAAUUGGACGUACCACGACGUUCUGGGCAACGAUUACGCCGCCGCCUCCGCCGCACAGCAGCAUCCGACCGAAGACUUCGGCAGCAACGCACACAACCUCGGUCUAGGAUUGGGCCUGGGUCUCGGUCUCCCCGUCGUGGGGGGCAGCAGCAUAGCCUUUGUCAACGCCAUCAGGACGUCUGAGAUAGCGGGGACCGACGUCAUAGAAGAGGUCGGCAGCACGGGACUGGGGGACCUCGUGCAGGCCGACCUGGACAUGCAGGCGGCGUCCGAGUUCGGCUACCCGGCGGAUUUCAACCCGGAAUCCGUAUCCAGCUGGCUGGACGCGAUCCCGGAGGACUGGGCGCCACCGCACGAGGUUAUGACGCCAUUCUCGGACGCGGUGGAACCAGCCUCGGAGAUAUCCUCGCUCGAUCUGGGUCUGGAUGGUGCUAUGGAACAGGUUGAGGCGAGAGCUUUGAGCUCCUUCUCCCACGCGGCAGAGAACAUGGAGAAAUUCGGCAUCACGAAUCCCAACCCCAUAAGCCUCAUGUCGGAGGCUGAAGGAGUGGAGUCGCUCGCGUCGCAGGAACUCCCGCAAAUGAUCACAGAUGCCUCGUACUACAUGGACGGCGCCUGGCCGUAUGUGGCGCAAAGAAUGGAGAGGAUAGCGGAAAUAGCGACGAAGCGCGGCAUCCAGGUUUCGGCCGACACUAUCAAAGCGCUCGACGAGGUCGUCACGGUCGGCUCGCGCGGUCUGGCACGGAGUGUCAUGGAAGGAACUUAUUCGCGUGAAUUGGUCGGGUGGAACGCAAAGGCUGCUCAGGGACUCAUCAUCGAGCCUGACCAGGCGUCUGAGUGGCGCUACCGAGUCGAACGCGAACGCCCGAAGGUGCAAAGAUUCGUCGAGGAGACGUACAAAGCGGUGCGAGACAUUCUGAACGACAAUCCCGUCGACCUGACUUUGGCGCGUAAGCUGGCUUAUAAGAUUGCUCGGACCCGAGUGCCGGAUGCUCCUGUUGGCACGGGUAGCACGGCUGAGAGCCUGCUGGACGUCAUUAGCAAGCUUGCGCAGCCGACCUUGACGGUGGCGAACGAACCCUUCAAGUGGGGCGGCGAAGCCGAGUAUUUUGACCACUGGGGAAAGAAAUUAAACGACGGCCGUACGCCCGAGCGCUGGAUGAGGUUCGCCAUGAAGCCAUACAGAUCGAUAGACGAGGGGGACCCGGAUCCCGAUCAAUGGAUCCUUCAUCCGAAACUGGAAGAAGAUCUCUUGAGAUUGCAGAGAAAGCAGUUGAGAAAAGAAGAGAAGGCAUGUCGUAAACUCCAACAGGAUCAGCCACCUGUCGAGCCGCCUGUCGAACCUCCUGUGGAGCCUCCUGUCCAGCCGCCUGCCCCGCCAACCCCAUCUUGCAACCCCAUAAAGCAGGCAUUUAGGAAGUUCAGGCAGGUGAUGCGAAAGCUUUCCAACAAGAUCAAGGGUAAGAAGCCGAAGGUGGACAAGGGCAAGCAGCGAGCCACUGAGCCUCCGCAGAACCCACAGCCUCCACAGGAAACACAGCCUCCGCAGGAAACGCAACCUCCGCAGCAAAGUCAGAUUCCACAAGAAACUCAGCUUCCUCAGCCUCUACCAGAAACGCAGCCUCCACAGAACACACAACCUGUACAGACCACACAACCUCCGCGGGAAACGCAGCCUCCACAGAGCACACAACCUCCACCCACAACUGCUCCUCCUCCUAUUACCACAGCGCCAAAGAAUACUCCUGUUAUUGUCCCUCCUGCAACUCGAUCGAGCGACUCCACAACCACCCCUACUCGCUCUGUAGUAACAGUGACAGUACCAGCAUCCACCACUCGCUCCGUAGUAACAGUAACAAGACCGGCAUCCACCACCCAUGAAGCUCCCAGGCCGACCUAUGUGCCCCCACCACCACCUCCUCCUCCCCCUCCUCCACCACCCAGACCUCCCGUACCAGCUGGCCCACGCCCGAAGUUGACGAAGGCCGCAGAUUACAUGUUCAUCGACAACUGGUGCUACAGCGGCGGAGGCAGCUCUUCCAUGCCGCGCGCAACGAUGCUCGAGGUGGCCGACGCGUACUGCAAGAUGGCGGCAGGCGUCUCGCUGCAGCCGGGCACCGGCUACGAGCUCUCGGAAGCGCGCCCGGUCGUGCGCAUCGACAACCCGUCCUCCAGCAGCGGCGGCGGCGCCGGCGGCGCGUACACCAUCGACGAGGGGAGCUGCAAGUCGUGGAUGCGGCAGGCCAUCGACCAGUGCGAGCCAGGUAAUAUGAGCCAGAAACCUGGUGGUUGGGUCAAGGACGGCGAGGUCGUGUUCAGGGUUGAUCCUGACCCUAGCAAUACGGGAGGUUUCUUUCGCUAA